ACAACGCGUCCUCCUCACAUCAACUAACUACCCCAAUUCUUGAUUAACUGAAGUUGGUUUUUUACAACUGAUUCUCAAACAAACCUUUGGUUUAUGGAAUAAAAGGUUGUUUGGUUGCAAUUCUGCUGCAUAUGCAUUUAAACACAUUAAAGUGUGUGUCUGUAAUAGAAUUGCAUGGGAUGAGAAGAAGAGUUUGGAAGACCUACUCUACUCUACUCUACUCACCGCCUUACUAUUAUUUCAUCUUCUCAAACUAUUAUUAUUGUAUUUUCCUGAGCUUUCGAGCAGAAAGGUUGUUGAUUGGGAUGAGAGACAAGUAGUACACAGAAAGGCGGAGGUGGAGGAUCUGGUCAACGCCGUUUCACCACCUUCUUUAUUUAGAGAAAAAAGAACAAUCACACAAACAACUGUAGAGUACGUAAUAUGAGAACCAGGAGAGGCCUGUGUUAUCCUAAACUGAUGAAUAGGUGUGUGGACGACAACAUCGGAAUGGUGAAGAGAAGGAAAGUGGAACUCGCCGGAGACAACCUCGCCUGCCGGAAAAGGCUGAAAACCUCCCCGGUGGUUGCCGGAGAAUGUGAUUUCUUUGACGCUUUGCCUGAUGAUCUUCUCCUCUCUAUUCUCUGCAAGCUCAGCUCCACCGCUGCCUGCCCUGCCGAUUUCAUCAAUGUCCUCAUCACGUGCAAAAGAUUAAACGGAUUAGGCCUCCAUUCUCUUGUUUUAUCAAGAGCCUCUCAGAAAAUGUUGGCGGUCAAAGCCCAAAACUGGUCCGAGUCCUCUCACCGAUUCCUGAAACUCUGCGCCGAUUCCGGAAAUGUGGAAGCCUGCUACACUCUCGGCAUGAUUCGAUUCUACUGUUUGCAAAACCGAGGAAGCGGGGCAUCCUUAAUGGCGAAGGCCGCGAUUAGCUCACACGCUUCGGCGCUCUACUCCCUCGCCGUUAUUCAGUUCAACGGCAGCGGCGGCACUAAGAGUGACAAGGAUCUCCGCGCCGGAGUCGCCUUAUGCGCACGCGCCGCGUUUCUCGGCCACGUCGAUGCGCUUCGUGAGCUCGGCCACUGCCUGCAAGACGGCUACGGCGUCAAGCAAAAUAUAGCCGAGGGUCGCCGAUUCUUAGUCCAAGCCAACGCGCGUGAGCUGGCAAUUGUAUUAGCCGCUAAUCCAUCGGCAGUUGUGCCCAGGUCGUGGCUGACGUGUAACACCCACCGUCACGCGGCGGGAGGCGGGUGCCCUUUGUUGAGUGAUUUCGGCUGUAAUGUGCCUGCUCCGGAAGCUCACCCCGCGAACCGAUUCUUAUCAGAGUGGUUUUCGGGUCGAAACGGGGGUAUUCCGGGUCCGGGGCUCCGAUUAUGUUCUCAUUCGGGAUGCGGGAGGCCGGAGACAAGGAGGCAUGAAUUUCGUCGGUGUUCAGUGUGUGGAGCGGUGAAUUAUUGCUCGCGGGCUUGUCAGGCGCUGGAUUGGAAACUCCGGCAUAAGGUGGAGUGCACACCGGCGGAGAGGUGGGCAGAUGAGGAUGGAGAAAAUGAGGGUAACAAUAUCCUGAACGGCGGCGGUAAUGUCAACGGUGAAGAAGCAAUGGAGGAAAGUUAACGGCGAGAUGGUGGACUGUGAAUGUGACGGUAACGGCACGGGAGUCUAGUGGGGGAGAGAAGUUGAGGGGUGGAAAUGAAAAAAA